AUGGAGAAGUUGUUGAAUGCUUGGAACAAAUCUCUAUCAGAUUAUCCACCUAUGCCAAUGCCAGAUGAAAACAACGAUUUGUUUUCCGGUAACAGGUUGUUGUUCGAGGAGAUGUCAUAUGAUAGGGAAGCUCUAUUGCAUCAACAUAAUUCGUUGCAUCCGAAACUAACCGAUGAACAGUUAGUCAUAUACAAUAAGGUGAUGGCAGAUGUUGAAACAGAGAAAGGUGGAAUGUAUUUCGUUUAUGGUUAUGGUGGGACAGGAAAAACAUUUUUGUGGAAGACUAUUUCAGCAGCUGUACGGUCCAAGGGCGAGAUAGUUCUAAAUGUAGCAUCAAGCGGUAUAGCUUCGUUGCUGCUGCCUGGUGGUAGGACUGCACAUUCCAGGUUUGCUAUACCAAUUGCUGUUAAUGAGGACUCCACUUGCAACAUCAAGCAAGGCAGUGCGCUUGCUGAAUUGAUAAUCAAAUGCAAACUAAUAAUUUGGGAUGAAGCUCCGAUGAUGCACAAACAUUGUUUUGAAGCAUUGGACCGAACAAUGAGAGAUUUAAUGCGUUUCAAGAACUCAAGGAGCUCAUCAAUGACAUUUGGCGAGAAAACAGUGGUGUUAGGUGGAGACUUUAGACAAAUUUUACCCGUUAUCCCAAAAGGUACUAGACAAGAUAUUGUUCAAGCCAGUAUUAAUUCAUCUUACCUGUGGAAUAAUUGUCAAGUUCUGCGUCUAACCAAGAAUUUAAGAUUGCAAGGUCUUACUAAUGAAGAUGAUGUUCAAAAGUUAGAUAGUUUUGCCAAAUGGAUUGCGGAUUUAGGUGAUGGUAAUCUUGGUGAAGACAAUGGUGUUGAUUGCAAUAUAAUGAUACCGUCUUCAAUUGUAUUAGAAAACGAGGUUGAUCCUAUUAGGCAAAUUGUUGAAAGCACAUUUUCGGAGUACCGUACUGGGAACAUGGAUGAAAGUCAACUGGAGAAUAGAGCUAUAUUAGCUCCAACCUUAGAUGUAGUUGAUGAGGUCAAUGAAUACAUGAAUGGUAUUAAUCAAGCUGCUUCAAUGACAUACUUGAGUUGUGAUUCUGUUUGCAAGGCAGAGUCAAACUUUGAUAUGUAA